AUGAAAAGGUUGGCGUCCAAGGAUGAGCACAAUGUGAUUGGCGCCAAACUCCAGGACCACAUUGAUCUUGCCAAUGAAUGCUUGCAACUGCUGCCCGCAUCGUUACCGACCCUCCCUCGCGAGAAGGUGCUCAGAAUUGCGGCGACCCUGAAGGCCAAAGGCGUUGCCAUCGCGAUUUCUACCCAGAUCUCUUUGACAGUGAAGGAGGCGGGCCAUAUCAUCCAGAUGUACAUUGAGCCCACGAGACUCCACGUUACGGAUCAGCAGGUGGGCUCGUUGCUUCGGACUCUAUUACCCCUCGCCCUUGAGGUCAAGGAGGUUUUCGACCCAGAGCACCCGAGGCUCGCCGCGAUCGAGGUCGCCGAUGGGCCGAAGUUUGACACGUGGACGAAAGUUGUCUUGACAUCCUUCAUCGUUCCCCGCAUCUACGACGGAAAGGAGUACAGCAAGCACGUUCAGUUCUUCUUUCAGGCACCCGGCAAGCACAUCAAGCAGGUCGACAAGCUGGAUCUCAACGGGCCCGAGGCUCAAAUGGUCAGCGAGGUCGAAGACAUCAACACAGUAUUCGAUUGUCUAUCAGGGGGGCUCGACCAGGCAGCGGCAAACUCCAGCAUAAUCAAAGAGUUCAUCGAUGUCUCGAAGACUGAGGGCUCGGGGUGGUGGUUGUCAGUGGCCAGCGCGCGCAUGCGCACGAACUUCUACAAGGAGCAGCUGGAGAAGAUCCAGCGCGACAUGCCCUUCAUGGAGCCCGUGAUGGAGGAAAUCUGCAAGAUCAACGAGAAGCUGAACAACACAAGCAGCUCGGUCAUUGGACAGGGCUUGAACGACGCUGCGAAGCUAUUGACCGACUAUGCGGAUCACGCUGGCGAUUGGUUGAAGCCGUUCGCAGAGAGCAUCAAUGGGAAAGCGCAGGCAUGGUUCGACAUGAUCGUCCACGUGGAGAUGCUGUUUGACUACAGCGUGGACAGCGCGCAGGACGCCAAGAUGACCGAGGCCAAGGAGGUUACAACACAGGCGGUGCAGGAGAUCGUGCACGAGCUGAGCUUAGCUUUCCCGAUGGGCGACUGGACGCACGACAUGACUGCGAGGUUGGGAUGUCUGCUGAAAAGUGCUGCCGAGGCGAGGUUCGCCAAGAAGUUCGAAGCUGUUCUCGUCGGCAUCAAUGGCGCCCUCGAUUCCUCCAACGCCCCGCCAGAAGAUAGUCGCCAUCAGUUAGCCUCUGUGCUUGUCGAGGCGAGGGUCACCGAGCAUUUCUUCCAGACCGAGACCCAGGGCAUACUCAAGGAUUGCAUCGCCAAGGUCAGCAGCAUGAGGGUCGAGCUUCUGGACUUGAAGACGUUGUCGCGCGCGGGGCUUCAUCUACGUAAGAUCCUCGCCAAGUUGAAGUUCUACCAGGAGCCGCAGGGAUCCCAGCCCUCUGAAAGCAAUGCGCUGGUGUGCCAGGACCUGGCCGACCACCUUCUGUUGGCCAUGGACAGGUCCACGUCCAUGCUGAAUACAUUGGUGGAGAAGGGCAGCGAGUACACAGUCGAGGACAAUCUCACGAGUGUGAUAGAUAUGAAUCGGUACUCGUUGGGUGAUGCUGCUGGCGGGGAUGCGCACUGGCUCACCUCAGAGAAGCCGCUUGCGGAGUGGACCAAGUGGGAGGAGCUGCACGCGAAGUUCGUGACAAGCUUCGCGAAGCUACCCGCAGGCAAGAUGAAGGCCGCAAUCGAGGAGUGCAAGGAGAAGCUCAAAAACACACAGAAGCUGGAGACCAUGUUCAGCAUCGAUCUCAAGAGCAAGAACAUGGCUGAUGACAUCAAGGCUGCCAGCACUACGAAGCUCACCUGCGCGAUGAUCAAUGAGGUCAUGAAGGCGAUCUUGCAGCUGCGGGAGGUGCACGGGCUGAAGAAGGGCGAUGACUACACCCCGUACCUGCCGAAGGUCUUGGUCGUCGAGGCCGAGUCGGUUGUGGCGAAGAAGCGG